AGAUCGAAUUUGGUUAAGAUUUGACUCGAUACGAUAUAAAUUGGACUCUGCGUGGCCUUAUUGUGGAUCAUUGUGAAUCAUUGCGGAUCAUUUUAAAUCAUUGUGGAUCAUUGUGGAUCAUUGUCAACGUUCAUCGUUUUCACCAACGAAAACGGAGAGAAAUGAAUACUGAGAUGGUGUGAACAUAGCCGUAGAAUAGCUUCAUGAAUUUGGCUAUUGACAAAUGCCCAAUCUGUUGUAGCGUUCAUAAAGUGAGGCAAUAGCUAAACAGAUAACUGUUAGGUCUGCUCUCUUCUCUCCUAGCUAAGACUUAUGAAUUGUUUGACUGGUAAAAUUAAAUAAUAAAAUUGAUUGGCGGUUGUUAGCGUUAUGCACCCAAGUUUUUCUAAACUGUCUAACUUUGUUUGUCAAUAGGAGACCUUAUGAUUUCUUAAAGAAGCUGUCAACUGUAAACAAUUUUUCAUUUUUUUAAUGAUUUCUUUGACUUCUUUUUUCAAAAUAGUCGGUGGCCACUUGCCACUGUGUUGAUAAGGAACUGCGUAGGAGGCCGUGUUUAAUUCAAAAGAUGGCGGGUAGUGGAGGAAGAGGUACUGGACAAAAACAUUCAUAGUAGAUGAUUCCUUAAUAAAACAGUAUUCAUUUGGAGAUGUUGUUGGUCCAUUAAGUUCGAGACGAUCCAAGAAAAGAUUACUUUCAGCACUUGGAAAUUGCUGAUUCAUCUCUAAAAUUCAAACUUUCGUCCAAAGAGUGCGUACCUGUAUCUAAAGCCUAACGUGGUCAUAGAAAUGGGAGUCAAACACUUAUGGAGCAUUAUACAGCCAGCUUGUAAGAAAGAGCCAUUUGAAUCAAUGCGUGGCAAAGUCUUGUGUGUCGACUUAAGUACAUGGAUAUGCCAAGCAGAAGAGACGCUGCCGUUGAAACAUGCAGUCCACAAGCCCUAUUUGAGAAACACAAUUUUUAGAGUAAUCUGUUUGAAACGACUAGGAACUCGUUUAAUUUUUGUUACUGAAGGAAAGCCCCCGGAGAUCAAGUGGAAUGCUAUAUUGGAAAGAGCGGCAGCAAGAGCUGAGCUUGAAAGAGGUGCCGGCAAUUUUGCAGCGAAAUCAUACGGAAAGGGGAAAACGAAGGGACGGCAGGCUUCAGGUGAAACAGCCAGUGGUAAACAAGUUAUGCCUCCAAAAAAGAUUGGCAGAUCGGUUUUUCAAAGGAAAAUUAAUGAGUGUGCUCAGCUGCUUAGGUUCCUGGGAAUCCCUGUUGUUCAGAGUGAAGGAGAAGCUGAAGCCUGUUGUGCAUUCUUAGACAACAAUCAGUUGGCUGAUGGUUGCAUAACACAAGAUGGUGACACAUUCUUAUAUGGUGGCAAAGUUGUUUAUAGAAACCUUGGCAUUACUAAUAAGGAGCCCUUUGUAUACAAAUAUUCAACCAGUGAUGUGAAAAGAAAUCUCGGAAUUGAUAGGGAGCAAAUGGUGGCAUUAGCCCUUCUGCUUGGCUGUGAUUAUUGCGAUGGUGUACCAGGAGUUGGCUCAAAGACUGCUCUGAAACUUUUGGAUGAUUUGCGUUAUACUAAUAUCAUUGAAAGGUUUCAGAUGUGGAAGAAAGACAAAAUUGUACCAGAUUCGGCAUCAAAUAUUGAGAAACAAGUUUUUCGCAAGGCGAUGAAAGUCGCAAAUUUUCCGAACGAGGAGGUCAUCAAAGAGUUUCUAAAUCCAAGAGACAAUUUCGAGGAAGUCAAAAGUCAGAUCAAAUGGGAGUAUCCAGAUUUGGUUAACGUUCAGAGAUUUUGCGCAAAACACAUGGAAUGGCCAGAAGAGUAUACUUUAUCGAAGGUUCUCGGAGUAGCAACAAAUGAGCAUCUAAGCCGCAUAUCAAGAGGUAUUCCGUUGCAAUGCCCCUUCUCCGCGAAUCGACUUGUCAAGCCAAGAACAAAACACGGUGUUCCCUUGUUCGAAGUUGAAUGGACUGUCACUUCUGCAAGUGAGCUUGCUGACCUUUGGAAAGGCUAUCCUAAUGAAUUUUCAACCCUUGAGUCGCAACAGGAAAUUCUUCUCUGUCUUCCUGAUUUGGUUAAUGAAUUUGAAAAAUUAAAGCUGGAGAAAAAGAGCAAAGGGAAAAAAACUGGUAAAAAGAAUCAGAAGUCCAAACCGAAAGAUGGUAGCGACGAAGAGUCAACCACUUCUGCAGCGAAAUCGAUCAAAAAUGCUGAAUCUACGGGAGAAACAUGUCUAAAUAGCGUUCGGCCUGAAUUUGUAGACGGGUGCAACAUUAGUCCUACAAAUUGUUCAUACAGUGUCGUUUCCGAUGACGCUCAAGCCACAAAACAAGACAUAACUGAAAUACGUUCGAAUAAUUUCUUGAAGAAAAAGAUGGAGAGUAUGGUUGAAGCUUCCCCUGAAAUUAUGACUGGAGAUAUCAAGAUCGAAGAUUUGAUGGGAUCUUUUUCAUUGAUGGAGCUGAGUUCUAUUACUCUUGAUGGUGUUGACAGUAACGAGCAAGGCAAAUUGUCGAUGGAUCAGGAUAGAUUUGAUGCCCAAGAAACACUGACUCCAGAUUAUAGGCAGCCAGAAAUACUACCUCUCCGCGAAAGAUUACAGCGAAGAGCGAUGGCUAAUAUAGACAACCGAUUAAGCAGUCAUAAAUGCAAUGGUGAUUUGCGUGUAACCUCUGCUGCGCUCGCUGAUCAACUAUCGUCUUCCACAGCACAUGAAGCAACGUCAAUGGAUGCCAAUACAGUGGAAGGUCGAAGCAAGUCACCUAGAGACAUAGAUGUAGCGAGAGGCUCAGACCAUUUGAAGCCUAUUGACGUCGACUCUUUUCAAACAAAUCGUUUCUCGAAUAAAUCUACUAAAGAACCCAACCGAGCCAACUUCAGCAGCGUGUCUGUAGAAAGCGACGACUGCGUAGCCAAAAUUGAUUUCCAGGGCUUUCAGGAAGAUAAAGAGCGUUCUCUUGUAUGCCAUGAUACGGUUCUACUUUAUUGCACAUCACUAGAUGAAGAUUGUCUAGAACAGGUUUUGAGCCGUGUGAAUUCCCCACUAAGUAUAGCUUGUAAUUCAAGUGCAGAUCCGAAAAUGUUCCAAGCAACACCAGAUCUACUAUUAGGCAAUAUUCUGACGCCAAAACACACAAAUUUCCCCACGUAUGACUUAGGCAAUCUCACAAAUGACAGUUUAGGCUGUUUGCUUGAAAACAGUCCUUGUCUCUUCGGUUCGCCAUAUGAAGCGGAGAAUAAGGAAAACAGUAUUGCAACUGUUACCACGCCAGGUAGUGAAGAAUACACAUAUGCUCUGCGGAGGAGACUCGGUAUACUGCCUCAUGAUACACCCGAAAGACUCGAUUGUAAUACGCAAUAUUCGCCACAAAGUGAGGGAGUGGACAGGAGAAGAACAAUAUUGCCUCCAUCUUUAUUGGAAAGACUCAAAAAAAGAUCACAUAGAAUAUAAUUGUUGUGUAAUCGCAUAUCAUUCCAUUUGUAAAAACGAGAUUAGCAGUUUUUCAACAGGUCGAAAUUGAGUAAAUUGAUUAAUGUAUUUCCUAAGUUGUGUUUGCAAUGCUCAUGAUAUUUUCUUUCAGUGAUGCAUUUUUUGAAGAUUUUUUGAAGAGCAUGACCAAUAGAGGAAGUUGACUAUAAGGAGCUGUAGUUGAUAUUCCCCUUAAAAAAAAUGAAAAUCUACCAAAAGUACAUGCAUACCGAUUCAAAUCUAAGAAACUAAUAUCUUUAAACAAUUAUUUAUAUAGUUCUUUUCUAGGAAAUAUUCCAAUCUACUGCAUUAUUGUUUUCAUUUUUGUAAUUCUUGUCAACCAAAAAUUGUAAAUACAGUAUUUUCUUAAUUUUGCUGAUUUCAGAAAAUAUUAAAGAAGCUUUGGCUUCAACAAUCUAGGCCAAAGUUCUAGGGCUGGAAGCAUUUUUUUUAAAAAAGAGGAUAUGCUGGUUUGAAUUUGUCCCCUUACUUAGAUCAGGUGAUAAGAAUAAAGGUGUUUUCAAGUUCGCUUUGAGAACAAAAAAAUACAGAAAACCUUUGCACGUUGCCUUGGGGGUACUUAUCGGUGAAACCUUUGCGGUUAAGCCCAAGGGGAAGGGUAGUCGCCUAUCUACUGUGCUCAAGGGGGUGUCCAGGUCUCAUUUGCCGGCUUAGUUGCCUAGCUAUAUUUUAUGUGCCGAAAAAUUGGAAAUUUCGCUGAAGAAUCACCCCCGAGAUUGCAAAAACUCUCCGAUUUUGAAACACAACUUUUUACGAAGGGGUUGUUACAUCUGCAAACUGAGGUCUUGAUUACUCAGGUCUGUCUGUUAUAAAAAGUGCAGUUAAAAAUGUUUUUUAAAAAACCAGUUUUUACAGCAAUAUAGUAUUGAAUUAAGACAUUACAUAGAAGGAGAGUAUGACGAAUGAAUAUGGCGCGAAAUUCAUUCGUCAUCAUUCAUGGUUUCGGUUGAAAACAUAAUUGAACGAUUAUUGAUUUUGGCCCAAAGGCCCAAAGUUAUUUAUUGAUUUUGGCUCAAUAUUUU